AUUAUUAGAAAUUCUUUAUUGUAUUUUGUAUAAAUAUUUGGAAAUUACAAGCUAUUUGUACUUUAUUUUGGCAGUAUGUCAACAAAAAAAAUGGAUAAUGCUUUCUAUAGCACAAAAACAUGAUAUUUGCCAAGCAAAAGAAAUAAAUUUAAAUAUUAAAAAUAUAGAUCUUGCAAAUAAAUAUUUGGUUGGAAAGUUAACAAUAACAGAUAUUCUAAAUAAAAAAGAAUGUUGGUUAGCUAUCACUGAAGAAGAAGAAGCUCUUGGUCUCUGGGUAGAUAAUGUGCUUAAUAGUAAUCAAGAUAUUGAUGUUCAUAUUCUUAAGACAAAGUUUAAAAAAGAAGAUGAAUUAGCAAGUGUACCUUCUAUGAAGCAAAUAGAAAAUAACUAA